AUGAAAUGUGUCAAAUACUUGCUAUUUGCUUUUAAUCUUGUUUUUGUGAUUGCAGCAAUUGCAUUAAUUGCUGUUGGAGUUUAUGUUCAGGUCCAACUUCAUGAUUACUUAAGCUUCUUCAGUGGGAAAGUGAAUGCAGCAGCAAUAUUAAUAAUAGUUGUUGGUGCCAUCAUUUUCUUCAUUGCUGGCUUUGGAUGCUGUGGUGCCAUCAAAGAGAACUAUGUCUGCACAAUGGUGUUUGCUGUCCUGUUGGCCGUUAUAUUCAUCUUUGAAUUGGCUGGUGGAAUUGCUGGAUUUGUCAUGCGCAAUGAGCUUCAUGAUGAAGUUAGAGAAAAAAUGAUUGAUGCAGAAGCAAAUUAUUUUUCUCAGGAGGGAGUCAAAAAAUCUUGGGAUGCUGUGCAGACAGAGUUUGAAUGUUGUGGUGUUGAGAAUGCUGAUGAGUGGCUGCCAUACAACCAUAGUUAUCCAGAAUCUUGCUGCAAGACUGCCAAGCCUUGUGUUAAAACUGCCCUUAAUAAGGACCCUUGUCUUGAGAAAUUCCUGGAAUUUGUUCAGAAAAAUAUCAUGAAAAUUGGUGGUGUUGGAAUUGGCUUGGCAUUUAUUCAGAUUGUUGGUAUCAUCUUUGCUUGUUGCUUGGCUCGUGCCAUCCGGAAGGAUUUUCUUUCUUUCUUUCUUUCUUUCUUUCUUUAUUUAUUUAGUCUGCAUUUUUCUGUUUCAUCAAUCUUUCUUUCUUUCCGUUUUUCGUUUCUCUUCACUUUCUUUCUUUCUUUCUUUCUUUCUUUCUUUCUUUCUUUCUUUUUCUUUCUUUCUUUCUUUCUUUCUUUCUUUCAUUUUCUCAUUGAAAUCAAGUAG